AGCAAAAUCAGAUCGAACUAACUAAUCUCACUAUCAAUGGCAGAUGCAGGUUGCAGGUAUGCAUUAGUUACAGGUGGGAACAAAGGAAUCGGAUUCGAGGUCUGUAAGCAGUUAGCUUCCAAAGGAAUUACAGUGAUAUUAACUUCAAGGGAUGAGAAGAGAGGCAAUGAGGCAGUGCAAUCCCUCAAGGACUCUGGCCUCUCUGAUUAUGUGGUUUUUCAUCAACUCAAUGUUGUCGAUUCUGCAAGCAUCGCUGCUGCUGCCCAAUUCCUCACCACAAAAUAUGGGAGGCUUGACAUUCUGGUGAACAAUGCAGGAAUACUAGGAGUAGGACUGGAGGGAGAUGUUUCAAUUCUUCAAGAGCUAGUAGAAGCAAAUGUUGCUACAGUCUUUGCCAACUCAGACGUUGAAACUGUUGGAGUAUUUGACACACAAAAUAUAGGAACACUCAACAAAGAUGAUUUAUGGAGGAUAAAUAUUUAUAGAUUUCUCACAAAAGGAUUACAAAAUACAAUCAAAGUGCUUCAGCACUACAAAGCUUUCUUCUCUCUUUCUCACUUGAGCUAAGGCUCUUUUCUCUCCAACUCACUCACGUUUUCUUUCUUGAUUGAUUCUUAUGAUACAAUGAACUAUAAC